AUGCCAGAAUUUGUCGUCACCGAUCCUGAGUUAUGGUUCGCUAUGGCUGAAGGAAGUUUCCACAGCGCGGGGUUGACACAGGACCGGACUAAGUUUGGAUAUAUUGUGGGUGCCCUACCAGCUAAGUACGCAACGGAGGUGAAGGACAUUAUAUUGAAUCCACCUACCGACGAGGCCUUCCACAAAUUGAAGACGGAGCUAAUUCGACGUCUAAGUGCCACACAAGAGGAGAAGACCCGACGCCUCCUGGAGCGAGAAGAAAUGGGAGACCGUAAGCCCUCACAGUUUCUUCGUCAUUUACAUAGCCUUGCUGAUCCAGCCGUUCCGGAGAGCCUCAUGAAAUCCCUCUGGAUGAACCGUCUACCCAGAAGUGUCCAGGUGUCGUUGGCCAUUGUGAAAGACAGCAGCCUCCAAGAGUUAGCUGUCCAUGCAGACCACAUCAUGGAAGCAAUCCGACCCCCCGUACAACUGGUGAACGAGACAACCAGCAUCGAGGCCAUCCUCAGUGCCAAGUUUGCCCAGCUCACACUCGGACUCAACCAGGAGAUAGCAACCCUGAGAGCUGAACUGGCAGCCCAAGCAGACCGAUCCCGGAGAGACAGGAGCAGAGGCCAUUCCCAGCAUCGUCCAAGAAGUCAUAGCCGAGGCCGACAGCCAAUCGACGGCAAGUGCUGGUAUCAUUGA